AUGAAAAUAAGGAGAAAUGGUGAUGUACGGAAAAAUUAUGUUGAGGAUAGUGAAGAUAAACCCAUACAACAAAAUAUUACAGAUGUCCGAAGGAGUUGUCGAAAGCGUAAGCUAUUACAUCACAACUUUAACGAAAGUUGGAUUACAAAUGAGCUAAAGGUGAAGGGGUAUCCAGACCUCUAUGGAUUCCCCACAACAACUAGUUCUUCAGAUGAAUUCACUUCAGGAGAUGAGGCCAGAGUGAAUAAGAGAAAGCUGAAUCAGUCUACAAGAAGUACAGUACCUGCAAACACAGAUGAGGACACACAACUGUCAAGAUUAAGACGGACAUCUGCUCGGGUUAAAAUUACCAAGGACAUCUCCGAGUCAGAUUCAGAAAAUGAUAAUAAUCAAACUGUUAUUGAGAACAAACCUGCUAAAAUGGAUAUUGCUGUGGACAUACCAGAUGUUAGUAUUAAAGAAGAAGAAAAGAAGAGCACGGAAGAUAAAGAUAACAAUGAGGAUAGUGAGAGCAACCAACAAAAGCCAGUUCGCGGAGGUCGCGGCCGUGGAAGACGGCAGAAGAAAGAUGAUCAACGUGAUUCUGUUUCAGAGUCAACUUCAUCGGAUUCAGGCAGUGAGAUAACAUUUAGACCUCGUCGAUCUAAUCGCACGCCAGUGCCUCGUAAGCCCGCCUUCGUUCAAUUAACGCCGAGACAGACCCGUGGUAGAGGUAAUUCAUUCACAAUUAGGAAGAAACCGUAUUCGUUAAGAGAGCGGAAACCAAAAUCAUUGCGUAGGAAAACGAUUCGAUCACAAUCGCCAUCAAGCUGCAGCAGCACUAGCAGCACGAGUUCUGACACAGAAGAAGAUCUCAAUGUCUCAAUGAAGAAUAAGACUAAGGGCAGACAAAAAACCAAAGCUACAGACGAAAAGAAGACUGAUAGAGCAUUAAGAGAUAUACAACCUAUUGCAUUGGAUGGCAGCGUGCGGUUCUCAUCGGUGGGAGGUCUAGAAGAGCACAUAAAAUGUCUCCGCGAAAUGGUCCUAUUUCCCCUCAUGUAUCCGAACCUCUUCCAAAGAUUUAAGACUCGUCCAGCUAAGGGCGUGUUGUUCCAUGGUCCCCCUGGUACGGGGAAAACGUUGCUAGCUCGUGCAUUGGCAAACGAGUGCAGCUUAAUUGGAGGAAGGAAGGUUGCCUUCUUCAUGAGGAAAGGUGCCGAUUGCUUGAAGAAGUGGGUCGGGGAGAGUGAGCGGCAUCUCAAGUUAUUAUUUCAACAAGCAAACAAGAUGAAACCAUCGAUAAUAUUUUUUGAUGAAAUCGACGCCCUUGCACCAGUGAGGAGUGUUCGUCAAGAGCAGGUCCAUACGAGUGUUGUGGGGACACUUUUAGCCGAAAUGGACGGCGUUUGUGAAAGGGGCGAAGUAGUAGUGAUAGGAGCUACUAACCGUCUUGAUGCAGUGGACCCAGCAUUGCGUCGUGCAGGUCGAUUUGACCGAGAGUUACAUUUUCCACCACCUCAUGCAGCCGCCAGACGGGAUAUUCUCGACAUCUACACCAAGGAUUGGUCUCCGAAACCCAGCGAAGAGACUUUGAAUCACGUCGCUGAAAUCACCAAUGGUUAUGGAGGUUCAGAUUUGAAGGCGCUCUGUUCCGAAGCAGUACUGAAAGCGCUGCGGCGUGUAUAUCCUCAGGUGUACGAAAGUGAACACGCACUCAUUAUAGAUCCGAAAAAUGUUGAAGUGACCCAAACAGAUCUAGAAUCAGCAAUGGACGGUAUCGUAGCGGCGGGUUCUCGCAGUGCCCCAGCUGCUGCGCGUCGCUUGCCGCAAUAUUGCCGACCGUUGCUGGCUGCACAGGUUCGCAGCGCUGCUAAUAUGCUGCCACCUAUGUCAAAUAGCAGAACCAAAGAGUUGCCAUCGUCGAACGUGCUACUUAUUAGCGGUGAGUGUGCAGACACACACAUAGCCCCGGCAUUGCUUGCGGAAUUGGAAAAUCUUACAGUGAUAGAGUUGAGUUUGGCAACAUUACAUUCUUCAUUGGGUUUUUCACAAGAACAGGCGCUUAUGUCGUUGUUCUCUGAAUGUCGUCGUGCGGAUCGAGGCUGCGUGUUAUUCAUUCGCGAUCUAUUGGAAGUUUGGAAUGAUCUAAGCAACGCCAGCAUGUCCCUACUAGUGCAGUUGUGGAGGUCGCGAGCAGCUGGUGAUCAUACACUCUUGCUGGCUACCAGCAGGGACUGUGAUCUGCCAGACAUGGCUAGUUUGCUUCGUGACAAUAUAUUCCAGCGUCACAAGAAUUGUAUAUUUCGAGUUCGGGAUCCGACCUCCACGGAAAUAGUCAACUUUCUGAAACCGCUCAUGACUGAGGUACCUUUACAACCGCCAGUUGUGGAAAGUAACGAACCACCACCUCCACUACCAAGAGCACCUCCCCCACCCCCACCGAGAGAGAGCGAAGAGGAGAUGUCUCGCCGGAAGCGGAAAGAGGACUACAAGUUGCGGGAGUUGAGAAUAUUCCUGCGAGACAUUUGCCGGAAACUGGCUUCUAAUAGACGUUUCUAUAAGUUCACUAAGCCUGUUGAUUUGGAAGAGGUGACUGAUUACUUGGAGAUUAUCAAGCAGCCGAUGGAUCUAGAGACCAUGAUGACGAAAGUGGACAUGCACAAAUAUAACUGCGCUAAGGAGUUCCUCGACGACGUAGAUCUCAUUUGUGCGAACGCGCUCGAAUAUAAUCCUGACAAGACUUCAUCGGACAAGCAGAUACGUCACGAAGCGUGUUCUCUGCGAGAUCAUGCGCAUGCGCUUAUAGACGUGGAAAUGGACAGUGACUUUGAGUUGGAGUGCCAAGAGAUCGCUCGGCGGAGGCAGGAAGACGGAAACAACGAUACAGAUCUGCCAGACUUCAUCUACACUGCCACUAAUUUGCGAGUUGAUUCAUCGCACAACGACAGUAAAUCGGCGAGAACCCCGAACAACGCGGAUAAGAGUGAAUCGCAAAGUGCUAAGCGGAAGCGGAGACGUAUCAACGCGUGGUCUAAGGGUUUGGUCGUCAAACGGCCUAGGACUUCUCAGAAAAGCUUCAAAGAUAGCAAUAACACGAUAACAGAUGAAGAGAGUAAAGAGAACAAACCGAUAACGUCGACACCGCUACCAAAUGGCGACGCCACAUCCACGUGCUCAGAAGACGACGAGCCGUUGAGGAGGCCGGCCGAUGACUCCCUACAAAUCGCGCAUGCGGAUAAUCAUCUCCUGAGCCCUGCUAAAUCGUCAGACAAAAUUACGAAAACUUCACCAAAGAAACGAAAUUCCGGUCACGAAGCAUCUAGUGAAGAUGCAGAAAAAGUACUGAUAAACAAGACUGAUUUAGUUAGCAUUUUAUAUAACAAUGCAAAGCGUCUGCGCACUAUCGGGCUAGAGACGCUCCUAGAUUUACAUUCGCAGCUCAAUACUACUGUACAGGCUUAUAAAGAUAAAUACGAUAGAACAAACCUCCCACACGAAUUACAGAGUAUUGUCAAUAGGUAUUUACAAUGUGCGAAAAAGUGA